AUGGUUUUCUUGUGUAACCAUCAGUUUUAUAAGCUGGUGAUCUAUAGUAUUGUUUUCUAUGUGUUGGCGUCGUCGUCACUGUUAGCUUCUUCAGAUGCUGCAGCAUCGGAAGAACCAAUCGAGAGAGGUAGGCGGUUGUUACCUUUUCAGAAGAAAACGGUGGUGAUCGGUAAUAUAGUAAGAAACAGAGAAGUUUUGAAUGUGCAUUGCAAGUCUUCGGAAGACGACUUGGGGUUGCAACACAUCCGAUUCACCGAUGUUUGGUCUUUCAAGUUUAGGGUAAAUUGGAAAGGCACUACAAAGUUUCGUUGCCAUAUAACGUGGAGAGGAGGUGGUGAUCAUUGGUUUACUAUCUUUAAAGAUAGGAGAGACAACUGUGAUUAUUGUAAGUGGCAAGUCUUGGGAGAUGGUGGAAGGGAAAAACCUAUGAUCCGGACAAGAUGGUUGAAAGGUUACGAAACUGGAAGGGAUGACUUCUUCGAUUGGGACAAAUAACUUCAAACC